UAUUUGACUGGAAUUAGCAUCAUCAUUAUAUCAAUAAUAUUUAUGUUUUUUAAAUAUUCAGCUACCGACUUUAUUAAAUAUUUACAGUCGGUAAUUAUUUUCAAUCUGAUAAUUUUAAAAAAUUAUCAAAGUUUAGCAGAUGGCGCUGGUAGUUUAAAAAGAAAUGUGAUAAGAUGGUGAAGUGAUUGGGAAAUGUGUCACACUGAUAUUAAACUGUGUUAAACGAUUGUUGUUUAUCUAAUAAAAAUAGGAACAAUUUUGUUCGAUCGUUUUGAAAGUCGUAAGGAUCGUUUAAUUAUACAAUAUGAGGCUGUAUAAAAUGUUAAAAUCUCCUUUGCUGCGACGUUCAAACUUCUCCAAAGCUGUGAAAUAUUUUACAACUUCUGAAGUUAGAGGAAAGAAUGAACAUAAGUUAAAAGUUUUAUUCAAUUGGAAAGAUCCACUAAAUUUAGAAAGCAUGUUAACUGAUGAUGAAAUUAUGAUGCGGGAUCAGGUUCGCAAUUAUUGUCAAGAAAAAUUAAUGCCUCGAGUAUUGAUGGCUAACAGAAACGAACAUUUUGAUAGAGAAAUUGUAUCUGAAAUGGGAUCUUUAGGUGUUCUUGGUCCAACAAUAAAAGGUUAUGGAUGUGCUGGUACAUCGUCAGUUGCUUAUGGCUUAAUAGCACGAGAAGUUGAAAGAGUGGAUAGUGGAUAUCGUUCAGUGUUAAGUGUCCAAUCUUCUCUUGUGAUGCAUCCAAUUAAUGAAUUUGGGUCUGAUGAACAAAAAGAAAAAUAUUUACCAAAAUUAGCAAGUGGCGAAAUAAUUGGAUGUUUUGGUCUAACUGAACCUAAUCAUGGAAGUGAUCCAGGUGGAAUGGAAACUAGAGCUAAAUAUGAUUCAAAGGACAAAGUAUAUAUUUUGAAUGGUAGUAAAACAUGGAUUACAAAUUCACCAGUUGCAGAUAUUUUUAUUAUUUGGGCCAAAUGUGAUGAUAAUGUAAUACGUGGAUUUAUAUUAAAGAAAAAUAUGAAAGGAUUAUCAGCUCCAAAAAUUGAAGGAAAAUGUUCUCUUCGUGCUUCUACUACAGGAAUGGUCCUAAUGGAUGAAGUAGUGGUGCCAGAAAAAAAUGUUCUUCCUAAAAUAGAAGGACUUAAGGGUCCAUUUAGUUGCCUUACUAAUGCAAGAUAUGGUCUUUCUUGGGGAGCACUUGGUGCAGCAGAAUUUUGCUUUGAAACAGCAAGACAAUAUGCUUUGGAUAGGAAACAAUUUGGUAGACCAUUAGCAAAGACUCAGUUAAUUCAGAAAAAAUUGGCAGAUAUGUUAACAGAAAUAGCACUUGGAUUUCAAGCUUGCCUUCAAGUUGGAAGAUUAAAAGAUCAAGGAAAGUUUUCACCAGAGAUGGUUUCCAUUUUAAAAAGAAAUUGCUGUGGUAAAUCUUUAGAAAUAGCACGAACAGCUCGUGAUAUUUUAGGAGGAAACGGCAUUAGUGACGAAUAUCACGUAAUUCGACAUAUGAUGAAUUUGGAAGCUGUUAAUACGUACGAAGGAACCCAUGACAUUCAUGCUUUGAUCUUAGGAAGAGCCAUUACUGGACUGCAAGCAUUCUCAGAAGGUUGAUUAUGUAAAAAUAAAGUAGUUUAUAUUUUUGAUAAGCCAAUAAACACUUCAACAUAAAUGAUUUUA